AACAUUUUAAAUGUGAGCUUGUAAAUUUGGUCUGUAAACUAACGCAUUCCAUGAAUCGUUAGUGGUUGCCGCGGCCUGGCUUUGUUGUUAUCCAAACUAGCUAGAACAACACUCCAAUCAAACCCGUUUGUGUAGCUAGCUAACUAAAUUCAGUGAGAGUUGAAGUGUGUCUUUAUUUUAUACUUAGCCAGCUAUCGUUGCAUUAUCCACCUCUAGCCGACCAUGUCUGAACCGGGUUCUGGUUGUGGUGUUCCGGCCCAUACAAGCUCACAACAGGGUCCAGAGAUGGUGUCAGUGAAGCUGGAGGACUGCAGUCAAACACUGGAACUCAAUGUGAUUGUCAAAGAGGAGGGAGAGAGCGAGGACAGAAACAGUGACUCCGUUGACUCCGGAGAGAGCUCCAACCCAGGCUCAGACAGCAAGCCCAGUCCCACAGCAUCAGGAAACCGCAGACAGAAGCCCCAACCCUGCUGUAGCGACAGUUGUAUUUAUCCAACKCGCCACAAAUCACACCAACAAACUCCCAAAAUAAAUAAGACUUACCKUUGCAGUCAAUGUGAGAAGAGUUUUCAGACACCAAGCAAGCUAAAGGCUCACCAGAGAAUGCACAUUGGAGAKAAUCCUUACCCCUGCUCCCAGUGUGAGAAGAGCUUCAAUCAUUCAGGAAGACUUAAGGACCAUCAAAGAGUACAUACUGGGGAGAAGCCUUACCACUGCUCUCUUUGCGGGAAGAGUUUCAGUCAGUUAGGAAACCUGAAGACUCAUCAGAAAAAUCACAAGCCUUACCACUGCUCCCAAUGUGGGAAGAGUUUCAGUGAGAAAGUAAAACUUACGGGACAUGAGAGAGUACAUAGUGGAGAGAAACCUUACCACUGUACCCAAUGUGGGAAAAGCUUCAAUUAUUAUUCAGUACUUAAGGAACAUCAAAGAGUACAUACAGGGGAGAAGCCCUACCACUGCACACUUUGUGGGAAGAGUUUCAGUUGGGCAACAAACAUAAGGAAUCAUCAGUUAAGACACAUUGGAGAGAAACCUACACRUACUCUCAAUGUGAUUGUCAAAGAGGAGGAGGGCGAACAGAGACACAUUAAGACAGAAGAGAGAGAAGUUGAGGAGAGAGAGGUGAAGGAAGAGGCUACAUAAGCUAACUCCAUAGGAAUGUAAAGGCACACCACCUAUCCAUUGCAAUGCUAACUCCAUAGGAAUGUAAAGGCACACCUCCUAUCCAUUGCAAUGCUGUCUUCUAUGACAGGGCAUGGGCAGCACCAUUGAAGGCUACCUCUUAAAGUAAUCCAUGUCUGUUCUACUUCUAUGAGUGUAUUGGAAGGUAGAAAAUAAACUCAAAAAGGUACACAUCACCACCUACUUUGAUAGUGUACAAAGCCCAGAUUGGUGAUUUACUGCCAGCUGCAGUUAUGGAACGUUAGCUCCAUAUAAUUCAUUGGUUGAUCCCUCCUGCUGACCUGGAUGGAGUUCUGUGAUCCUUCCUAAACACACAAGGGACCACGUUAGAAACAAGUGAUUUUUUUGCUUUAACGCGUUAUCUACUGGGUUGUACUCGGUGCUUGUUUAUCCUCAGUAAAUCAAUCAAUCAAUAGUAAGUCCCCACCCAGUUGACUACUUUAAAAUGUUGAAAACCUUCAAUGGCGCUGCCUGUGAGCCUUCUGUCCACCUCUAUGGUGGAGAACGAAGUGCUGCUGGAUAUGUAUGACACAGUCCCCUUUAAAAACAUAUGUGUUWUCCACCCCGGGUUUACCUGAGACGGGUAGUAAAGUUUUUAUUUUUUUCUCUACUGGCCACGGUGUAUUCCAUAUACAUUGCAUGGGGGACAAUGGAGGGGCCGGAACACAAAGUACUACUGGAUAUAAAAGACACAGUCCCUCUCAAAAACGAAACAUAUUUGGUUAGUAGAGACCAUAAUGAAUAAUUUCCAACCCACUUUAACUGAGGAGACAGGGUCUACAGACAGGGUCCUACAGACAGGUCCUACAGACAAGUUCUACAGACAGGGUCUACAGACCAAUAUUUUCAACAUUGUAUUUUUCAAUAUUGGUCCUAAAAAGUUGUCUUUGAAGCAAUAUUAUUAUUUAUUUUUUCAUAAAUAACUUAUUGCAUUUUCUUAUUAGCACAAUAAAGGUGGCCAUUGAUUCAAAUUGAACAUCUUUUUAAUCAGUUAUUGAUAUUGUAAUUAGUUGAAAUGCAGGCUUUUAUGUUAGUUUAAAAAAAAAAGUUUGAUAUUUUAUUUAAUUUUUGUGAAUAAGGUGUUAAGAAUGUGUAUUUAAUUGACCUGCCUGAUCAAAUAAAGGUAAAUAAACUCA